GCGGCGCAGAGCGACUCAGCGCGGCGCGGCGCGGCGAGCUCGACAUUCCACGGGACCCGCGGAACCGCGUCGGGAUCGCCGCUGGUCUCCCGCACCCGAGCCUUCCUCGGUCGCCGCUGCCCUCGGCUCGUCCGUCCGCGGCCGCCCGCGGGCCGGCGUGAUCCCGCCGGGGCUCUCCGUGCUCCCCGGGCCGCGCGCCAUGGGCAGCCCCCGCUCCGCGCUGAGCUGCCUGCUAUUGCACUUGCUGGUUCUCUGCCUUCAAGCCCAGGUAAGGCGCACUGCGCGGAGGCGGGGGCCGGGGGGCCGGCGGGGGACGCCAGUUGACAAUGUCGGGCAGGGGCACGAGGACGGACCCUGCGGCCGGCGCGGCAGGGCUGGAAGGAACCUUAGCAGUCCAGCCCCGAACUACCCCGAGGAGGGAGCUAAGGAACAGAGAGGUAGCGCCCUGCCUAAGGUCACACAACAGCAUGUGAGGGAGCAGAGCCUGGUGACGGAUCAGCUCAGCCGCCGCCUCAUCCGGACCUACCAGCUCUACAGCCGCACCAGCGGGAAGCACGUGCAGGUCCUGGCCAACAAGCGCAUCAACGCCAUGGCGGAAGACGGGGACCCCUUCGCAAAGCUCAUUGUGGAGACAGAUACCUUUGGGAGCAGGGUUCGAGUCCGAGGAGCUGAGACGGGCCUCUACAUCUGCAUGAACAAGAAGGGGAAGCUGAUUGCCAAGAGCAACGGCAAGGGCAAGGAUUGUGUCUUCACGGAGAUCGUGCUGGAGAACAACUACACGGCCCUGCAGAACGCCAAGUACGAGGGCUGGUACAUGGCCUUCACCCGCAAGGGCCGGCCCCGCAAGGGCUCCAAGACGCGGCAGCACCAGCGCGAGGUCCACUUCAUGAAGCGGCUGCCGCGCGGCCACCACACCACCGAGCAGAGCCUGCGCUUCGAGUUCCUCAACUACCCGCCCUUCACGCGCAGCCUGCGCGGCAGCCAGAGGACUUGGGCCCCCGAGCCCCGAUAGGGCCUGCCCGGCCCCUCCCCGCGGCCCCAGCGCAGAGAUUUUCGUCUGAUGGGAGCACAGACAGAGAAACUCGAGCAAGAUGAGGUCUGCGCUACUGAAGGCUGGGGAGGAGCUGGGGGAGCCCCGGGUUCUCGUUGUUGAUAAUUGUUUGCUGUUGGGUUUUUUUGUUUUUCUUGUUUUGUUUUUGUUUGUUUUUUUAAAAAACAAAAGAGAGGCUCUAUUUUUGUAUUCCACUUGGCUGUGGUGUCUGUCUUCUUAACUCUCAGGAAGGUCUGUUAGUGGCCCGGACUGGGGUUCCAGAGGGGGUUCCCUGGCCGUGGGGGGCUUUUUCUAGUCCAGCAGAGGUGCUCCUGAGACCCCAGCACCUGCGGGGCAAGCUGGCCAGGCAGCCAGGGACUCCACUGCACCCCAGGUGGGGGCGGGGAGGAAAGGGUUGCGGCUGAG